AUGACAUACACUGGUAGCUAUCAGCCAAUUGAGGAGGAAACACUACCACUAUUUUAUCAGAAGCGCUACUACCCAGUCAAAAUUGGCGAUGUAUUCAAACAACAAUAUCGAAUCAUUGCAAAGCUAGGGUAUGGAGCGUAUUCCACCGUUUGGCUUGCUCGAGAAGAGAUAUCGAAGCAAUAUAUCUCACUGAAGGUCUGCAUCGAAGAUGGAACGGAGACAUCGCCGGUUGUCAAUGAAGUUGCCAUGCUAAGGCGCUUGAGUGAAUUUGCUAGAGAAGCUGAUCAUCCGGGCUUAGACUUCACGCGUCUUGCCCACGACAUCUUCGAGAUUGAUGGGCCACAUGGUCGUCAUUAUUGCAUUGCGACAAAACCACAAGGAAGUAGCCUCCGCAGAUUGCAGGAAACAUUUCCCGAUGCAAUCUUCCCAAGGAUGCUGGUAAAAUCUUUGGUACACCGUUUGUGGUUUUCUGUGAAUUGGCUGCACGCAACCUGUGGCGUCGUACAUACCGACAUUUCCCCCCAAAAUGUCCUGACAGCGGUUGGGGACGAAAUCAUCUUUAAAGACAUUGAGGAUCAAGAGUCGCAAGAUCCGAGCACGCCAAUCAUGAAUGAUGGAGUUCCCGUUUACAGGUCUCGAGCUAUGGUUGAACUUUCGGGCAUCCCUAUCCUCACUGAUUUUGGCCAAAUGCGAUUAGCGGAACCGAUGAAUAAUGAUUGGUGGAUGUCCGAUCCAUAUCGAGCUCCAGAGGUACUCCUGAAGCUUCCUUGGGCCUUCCCGGUCGAUGUUUGGUCAGUGGGUAUCAUGACACUCGAGCUGCUGGAAGGGAGAAGUCUCUUUGAUCCUAUUGAUCGUGUUCACGAUCAAUACGUUCUCCCGUUAGCACUGUCGCAGUAUAUCGGAUAUCUUGGCCCUCCGCCGCUGGAGAUGAUCAAACGAAGUCCGCUUUUCGGGACAUAUUUUGACGAAGAAGGCAAGUUAUAG